AGUUCAUAUCUUAAUAAUCAUGACAAUAUAUUUGAUAAUAAUAUAACAUAAACUCAUUCUUUUAAAUUAACAGAAAUUGACAGUGCGAAACCAUUACUUCUUCCCACUCAUGGCCAUUUAUGCACAAAAAAAUGAUAAAGCAGGGGCACAAGAUGUUAUCAACCUAAUGGCGGAGUAUGGAAUGCAGCCAGAUGCCAUGAUCUUGAGGUAUUUGUUGGAUGCUUAUGGUACCCCAGACGAAAAUGAUGUUGAGUCCUUCCUGGCUAUAUCUGAGGGAGUGCCCUUGUCAAAAACUGUUCUGACAUCCAUGGUGCAGCUGGUUAUGACAACAGGAGAGCUAGAGAAACUGGAAAAAAUUAUUGAACAUGCUAAACAGGAAGGCGUCAGUCUCCAGUCCAUAGCAACUGGUUUUGAAAAUUACAUCAAGAAAAGGUCUUUUGACCCUCAUAAUGGAGUGAAGAUUCUUGAGGUUCUCAACAAGCACGACUGUACUUAUGGAAUGAGGAGCAAAAUUGCAAAUAUAUUUCAAGACAGCCCCGAUGAUUGUUCCAAGGACAAUGCAACGUUUGUGUCCCUUCUCCUGAAAGCAGGUCUGGGACACUUGCUGGACUCCCGGGCAUACACAUUUAUGUUGAGCCGGUUUUUCAAGCUUAGAAUGAACAAUGAAUUUUAUGAGUUUGUACAAAUGAUGAAAGAACAUGAAGUCAAUCUGGACGAACAUCAUUAUAGAGUAAUGCUGAGGAUGAUGGCCCUUGAUGGAAAAGCUGAAGCUGCACAAUUUUGUUUUGACAAGUAUAAGGUACAUUGUGCUAUACAUGGAAUUAUCAGUUUUUGCAAUAUGUUUCCUCGAGGAAUAGUGCACUUUUGCAGACAAUCAUUUUUGUGCAUGAAAUAUUGUAUGAUGUACAGGAAGCAAACGGAUUAGGAAAGACUGAGAUCAUUUAAAAGUGGUGAAAACACUACUGAUGCCUUAGAAAUUUCUUCUUUUUUUUCUUCCCCGCUACCCAUGAAGAAAUUUCACUGUUUCCUAAACGUUUUUCCAAAGUUCAUUAAUAGUAGAGAUAUCCUGGUUGCCUCAAAUUAAUCCAAAAAGAUCUCUUGUUCUUAUGAAAUAAAAUGAUGGUGUUCCUUGCUCCCAGAACCCCUGGGAGGCACUGUUAGAUUUCUUCCAUAAUACCGGUAAUUCUUUAUUGAGUUCAUUCAUAUAAUUAUUACUGUCUAGUAGAUAAUUUAACGUCUUGAAAAAGUACAUAAAUCUGAUUCUAUCUACAUUGAAAUUAAAGUUCGAGCUGGAGAACGUAAUUAACCAGUUGGUUUUCUUGUUAGCUCCCCGUACAAUUUAAGUUCUAUAUUGGCAGCAGAUGAAUAAAAUAAAACAAGGAAGGAGAAAUUGAUUAUAACAUGUAACUUGUAAAUUUGUUUAACCAUUUGUUUAAGACAAAAUUUCUUCGUUUGUUGUUUUGAUUAAGUAGAUAAGGUUUCAUUUGCGUGGAAAAUACAAGCGCGAUGUUGCUGUGUGUCUGUUCAGUAAUAGAUCACAGAAAACGUCAAAAUGUAGUGAGAAGAAAAAAAGUCGCACACGAGGCGUUAAGGGGAGUGUGUCAGUGAUGUACCACAUUUUGACGUCCUCUGUGAUCUAUUACUGAACAGAUGCACAAAAAAACAUGGAAUCUACUUGUUUUAUAUAAUAAAGAAACAAACAAGAAGGUUAACGACAUCAUCUAUGCAUGUGUCCUUCAAUAGCUCAUAAGUACGAACUAAUCAAAAUGGGUGAAUAAUUUGACUUAUUGUGUUGUCACUGUGUAACAAAACGAUAUGUCAAAACAAUUAAGCCUUUGGAAAACGUUUACGAAACAGUGGAAUUUCUUAAUGGGUAGCAGGGAAGAAAAAAUGUGAAGAAAUUUCGAAGGCAUCAGUGGUGUUUU